AUGGAAAACCCCGAAACGUGUGCUUUAAGUGUCGUUCACAGUAUGCGAACAACAGUAUAUGAAAUAUCAUCUGUAUUUCAACAAAAGCGACGCUUAUCGUCGUCUAUAAACGAUGAAAAAUUUGAUAUUUUUACGUUGAUAUGGUUUGAUGAAAAAUCAAAUGAUACAUCAUCAUGGGAGACAUUGCGUACACAAGCACUUUUUAGACAAAUUAAUAACGAUAAGAAUUGUUUAUUUUACAAUAGUCCAAUUACACUUUUAAAUUAUUUACAUGAAAUGAAAUUUGAUGAUAAUAAUAACAGAAAAACUUUACUUGAAAUAUCAGGUGUAUAUGCACGAAAAGUUAGAGAGAAAUAUUUAGAUUUAAAAAAGAAAUAUUCAAAUAUUAUUGAAAUAUGUACAGAAUAUGAAACAUUGAAAAAUUCAAUUCAACGUGAAUUACCAUCAUUAAAAUUUAAUCUGUUUCAUAAUCAACCAUUAAAAUCAAUACGACCGAUUAUGUCAUCAGCAGAUGACGGUGACUAUAACGAUAAUGUUAAUCGUAGCGCUUAUUUUUCAUAUGUAUCCUUUGCUGAUAUUAUAAAGCAAAUAUCGCAUACAGAAGAAGCCAAAAGAAUUAUGAUUAGUAAAUUCAAGGACUAUCAUCGUGACAAUAAAGUUGAACUACGAAAAAUAGAAGACUUUCAUAAAACUUAUAGAUAUGAUAACGCAAUUGAAUGGUAUACAAAAGAUAGUUUUGUUUAUCGUUUAAUUAAUCAUGCAUUUCGCACGAAAGACAUUGCACUUUGGUAUGUAUUUCGCUUCUAUAUCAUUGAUUUAUGUAAACAAUUAGAAAGUGUACACAGCAUCCAACAACAACAACAAACAGACUGCUGCUUAAAAUUGUAUCGUGGUCAAUCACAGAUGCCAAGUGCAGAACUGAACUAUUUAAAAGAAAAUAUUGGCAGUUUCGUCUUUAUCCGAUGCAUCACCAAUAAACUGUUUA